AUGUCUGACAAACUGCCCUACAAGGUCGCUGCCUGAGGAUGCAAGGCCCUGGACGUUGCAGAGAACAAGAUGCCGGGCCUGAUGCGCAUGUGGGAGUGGUACUCCGCCUCCAAGCCACUGAACGGCGCUCGCAUCCCUGGCUGUCUGCACAGGGCCGUGGAGACGGUCGUCCUAAUGAGCCUCAUCGCCCUGGGUGCUGAAGUGCAGUGGUCCAGCUGCAACAUCUUCUCUACCCAGGACCAUGCGGCUGCUGCCAUUGCCAAAGCUGGCAUUCCAGCCAGCACGGCAUUCCAGUGUUGCCAUUGCCAAGGCUGGCAUGCCUGGAAGGGCGAAACAGACGAGGAGUACCUGUGGCGCAUUGAGCAGACGAUGUACUUCAAGGACGGGCCCCUCAACAUGAUUCUGGAAGAGAGGGGCGACCUCAACAACCUCAUCCACACCGAGUACCCGCAGCUCCUGCCGAGCUUCCGAGGUAUAUCCGAAGAGACCACGAUCGGGGUCCACAACCUGUACAAGAUGAUGGCCAAUGGGAUCCUGAAAGUGCCUGCCAUUGAUGUCAAUGACUCUGCCACCAAGAGCAAGUUUGACAACCUCUAUGGCUGGGAGCCCCUCAUAGAUGGUAUCAAGCAGGCCACAGACGUGAUGAUUGCCAGCAAGGUAGUGGUGGUAGCAGGCUAUGGCGAUGUGGGCAACAGCUGUGCCCAGGCCCUGCGGGGUUUCAGGGCCAGCAUCAUCAUCACCAAGAUUGACCCCAUCAAGUCACUGCAGGCUGCCAUGGAGGGCUAUGAGAUGACUACCAUGGAUGAGGCCUGUCAGGAGGGCCACGUCUUUGUCACCACCACAGGUUGUGUUGACAUCAUCCUUGGCCAGCACUUUGAGGAGAUGAAGGAUGAUGCCAUUGUAUGUAACACUGGAUACUUUGAUGUGGAGAUGGAUGUCAAGUGGCUCAACAAGAACACUGUGGAGAAGGUGAACAUCAAGCUGCAGGUGAACCCGUACCGGCUGAAAAAUGGGCGCUGCACCAUCCUGCUGGCUGAGGGUUGGCUGGUUAACCUGGCUUGUGCCAUCGGUCACCCCAGCUUCGUGAUGAGUAACUCCUUCACCAGCCAGGUGAUAGCGCAGAUCCAGCUGCGGACCCACCCAGACAAGUACACUGUUAGGGUUCACUUCCUGCCCAAGAAGCUGGAUGAGUCAGUGGCUGAAGCCCACCUGGGAAAGCUGAACAUGAAGUUGACCAAGCUGACUGAGAAGCAGGCCCAGUACCUGGGCAUGUCUUGUUACUGCCCCUUCAAGCCAGAUCACUACCACUACUGGGAACCCGGUCUGCGCUUCACCUUUCAGCCGCUGUCCAUGCCCAGGCCCCGCCUCUCCUCCCUAAGAGCAAACGGCACCAACUUUGUGAUUGGUUUGUCAGUGUCCCCCAUCAACUCUCUGGGGCCGGUCACUCAGUUUUUGGCUUCUGCUGCAGCCCUCAUACUGUUCCAAGAGUGGCAGCGGGAACUGAGAGGCCCCUCCUCAAGCCAGGGUGGUGAUGGAAGUCCCAGCCACAGGGAACCAUGA